AUGUUGCUUCAAUCUUCAUCAGUUCUCAAUCAGAAGAAUCUUAACCCAGUUGGCAAAUCGGAAACGAACUUUAAUUCAGAUGAGACGAAUAAGCUCCAAGAUUUUGAAUUAUUUACAAUUAUUUCUGACGCAAAUGUCUUAUCAAAGUUCUUGAAUACUCUGUUUUUACGAAAAAUUCACGAAACUUAA